UGAUCAUGAUCUGCGUUCAGUUAGUAACUUGGCCCCCUGCUUGUGCAAAUUAUUCUCCCGGCUACGUGUACAACGUGUUCCUGGUGACUACAUUUUCGUCACAAAGUAGAUCUCUACCUAGUGUCAUCUUCGUGAUGGCUCGUAUUAUCACUAUCAUGUACUCUGUGCUGCUGCUGUUUACAGGAACGCUCUACUCACUGGAGUAUGAGCGCUCUUUCACGAGAGCUUUCCGCCUCCCUUCGAAUUUCAGUCACUGCGACGGAGGGUUCCUUUUGAUCAUCACCGACAUUGUAGAUUUCCGUUUCGGAAGAUCUAUUGCGCGUCGCAACAAGGAGCAGACAAAGAGACCAUGUCAGCCCUUGGAGCAACGCCGGCGGCGUUUUUGUUGCUCCUUUGGUCGUCAUCUAAAGUUUCAGUUGUCCGCGCAGAUCUGCCGGUGCAUUGCAUCCGCCCACAGGUUGCGGGCAACUGGAAAUUCCACUUGGGACCGGCCAGCAAGACUCGCUCCACCUGUGGUCACGCGACUCCGGAUGUCGACAGCAAGCAGCCCGAUUUGACGAAGUUCUUCAAAGACUCGGAAACAAAGACGCUGGAUAUUAAACUGGAAAAUCCCCUGGUGGCCCGUGUGGGCGCGGACAAGACCGGCAAGUGGACCAUGAUCUACGACGAGGGUAUCUCGGUGCAGAGCAAGGACUACGAGUUCUUCACCUUUUCGCACUUUGAGAAACCCACCAAGCCCAGUGUGCACGGGAAGAAAUAUUUUCGUUCCUUCUGUGGGAGAUCGGAGGUCGGCUGGUAAAAGUCAGAUCUAUUUUCAGAUAGAUUGUUGUACGAAGUAUCUUUAGCUUCAUGUACGAAGUAUCUUUAUCGUCCAUGGACUAGCACAUCAUUGCAUUUUCAUCAUCUACGACGCCUCGGCACCUACGGGAGAACUACUAUCCUUGAAAAGGGUUCUUCACCUUCUACUUAAGGUAUCGCGAGACUGCGACCGGCUUGUUCGGUUGUUUCAAGGCUGAGAAGGCGAAUGCAGCGCAACAGAAUCUGGCGUUUUACCAUCUCUCCUUGUUGGAGGAAAAAAAGCGGGCCAUGCGCAACAGCCGGAAUUAUAAAUCGGCAACUGCAAAAUCAAAAAAAGCCACGACGGGUUUUCUGGCGGCCAAGAAGCAGACCGCGGAAGAGGACCAGGUCCAGACUGUUCGCUUCGAGGACGAUUUCCGGGCGGAGAAGGUAGACCACUCAGAAGUCGUGUCCAGCAUCAACGCGCAGCAAACUACCUGGACCGCGACCAAAUAUUCCGACGAAUUUCUGCAGCAGAAAAUGCGCCAACUGCAGAAACGCGGCCGGAAUAAACCUACCAGCGAACAACAUCAAGCAUAUCCAGGAAAAAACACCCAUCCCCAUCCAAUUUGUCAUGCAAAACAUGCAUAAAGAUAAAAUCCACUAUUUGUCAUACAAAAAAUGGAUGGGGAUGGGUGUUUUUUCCUGGAUAAAGCAAGUGUGAGUGCUACUGCUACCCCGUCUACGAAGCUGGCCAAGGCCAAGGGAAAAAGUGUAGCGGCAACGUUGCAGAAGGACCAGGGGCCGGAGCAAGAAGACGCCUCGCAGAAGAUUCUCGAGGACUUGCCGUCGAAUCACAGUUGGGACAACGUCGAUGGGGAAAACUACUUGGAACCGAUUCUGGAUCAAUACGACGGAAUGCCUUUGAGUCGAUCAGGGAACGAAAAUCGUUAAAACGAGAUUUGACUGUUGAAGCUGUGAAUGCGAUGAAUAUCGCUCUCAUUACUUGUUGCGACGAAGUUGAAUUGUUUGGUGUUUGAAGUGGAACAACGUUCAACGACCACAAGGACGAGGCGUGCAUGAUUUAGUAAACUUUUCUUGCCGAAGCAGAAGUGGAGCUCGUGAAUUUUGAUGAUGCGUGCCUGUAAUAUGUGCAACACCCGCCACCCAGGAAAGCGAGAGGCACAAAUCGCAUCAAGAUCAAUAUCAAAAGAAAAUGAUGAGAAUUAUCAAAUCAAUAUGUAGUGGUCCGUGAAUUUGAAUAUCAUGCAAUAGGAAUAUAAAAGCGAAUUAGUCCCCCCCGACUCAAGAUUUUCAUACAAUAUUCGAGCGGAUUGUGGGUCUUGCUACGCAGUGUCGUCCGUGCACAUGCUUUCCGCUCGGUACCGCGUGCAACAGAAAAACGCCAAACUGCCGGGCUUUAGCAUCAAUUUUCCGCUGUAUUGCUCGGACCUGAACCAGGGCUGCCAAGGCGGCUAUCCCUCGCUGGUUUCCAUGUGGUCCAAGCACGUCGGCUUGAUCCCGAAAGAAUGCGCCGGGCCGUACUUCACCUCGGACACAAUCACGUGCAAGCGAAUGUUCGAGGAAAAUUCUCUGCUGGAUGUGACGCCCAAGAACACCGCGUCCUCCAGCACUGCUCUCGAUACCAACACGUUAAGAAAGGCGAGUCACCGCAGAGCCCCCUCCGUUCUGCAGCUCAUGUCGACAAAGAAAAACUCCAAGGCGGGGUCGACGCGGCGCCGAAGCGACAGCGAACGCAAAAAUUCAAAAUUUUCCCAAUGCGUGAAGAAGGCCGAGGAAAGCCACCAGGUCGCCAAGGUGCACCACUGGAACUACAUCGGGGUAUCCUCUGCAGAAGUAUCGUGCUCGCAGGUAUUCCAGCACAGCAUGAAAGAACUAGAAUUGGUCGCUUAGCAGGGGCAUCAGCAUUACACACUUCGGACUUUUUGUUGGAAACUGAGUUUCCAACUCGUACUAACGCGGCCGCUCUAUUCUUUCAUUGUAAUAACGAAUUUUUUUUGUCCCUAGUGCGAUACUUUUGCAGCGCAUACGGUGGUUAUUAUGGGAACUGCAACGUCGUCGGUAUGAUGCAAGACCUGUACAAAUUUGGUCCCUUGGCUGUGGCGCUCGAGCCGGGAAUGGACUUCAUGUACUACCGGUCAGGGGUGUACAAGUCGCAGCCAAUCAAGACCGACCAGCCCUGGGUGAAGGUGGAUCAUGCGGUGCUGCUAAUCGGCUGGGGCGAAGAGCCCGCCAGCAAGGAAACGGCUCUCGCGAAGAAGCCCGCGCGCCCCCAGCCGUUUUGGACCAUCCAGAACAGCUGGGGCAGCUCUUGGGGCGAAAACGGGAACAUCCGCAUUGCCCGGGGCGAAAACGAGAGCGGCGUCGAGUUCCAGGCGGUGGCUGCGUACCUGGAAGAGGGAAAGGCGCAACCGGUUUUGGACUACGUCUUCGAUAGCAUUCUGAACGACGAACUGUGAAUGAUGUAAUCGCUUUCUUUUUCUUUUCCGACAAGCAGAAUGAGGCAAAGGCUUGCUCUUUCUGACGAGCAGCUGUACUUUUUUCUAUGAUUUUAUUGUUUCUGGCCAAG